AUGGCCAUGUGGGGCCUGCAUCUUGAUGUCCCCAGAGUGGGACACCAUCAACUUGGCACGGGGCAGUGCCAACCAGCCCUGCCGAGCGCGUCCAGCCCCUGUGCCUGCCCGACAGUGAGGUUCUCGUUAAUUGAUUGA